AUGGCGGCGCCGGAGCUGCUGUCGGACGAGGGGUACCGGGCGGACGGGCGCCGUCCCGCCGAGCUCCGCAAGGUCCGCGCCCGCAUGGGCGUCUUCGCGCAGGCCGACGGCUCGGCCUACAUCGAGCAGGGCAACACCAAGGCGCUGGCCGUGGUCUACGGCCCGCACGAGAUGCGCGGCUCCCGCAGCAAGGCGCUGCCCGACCGGGCGCUGGUGAACUGCCAGUACAGCAUGGCCACCUUCAGCACCGGCGAGCGCCGGCGCCGGCCCCACGGCGACCGGCAGGCGAGCGAGCUGGCCCUGCACCUCAAGCAGACCUUCGAGGCCGCCAUCCUCACUCGCCUCUACCCCCGCUCCCAGAUCGACAUCUACGUCCAGAUCCUGCAAGCCGACGGCGGCGAGUAUUGCGCCUGCGUGAACGCGGCCACGCUGGCGGUGAUGGACGCCGGCAUCCCCAUGCGGGACUACGUCUGCGCCAGCUCGGCCGGCCUGGCCGAGGACACCCCCCUGGCCGACCUCAGCUCCCCCGAGGAGGCGGCGGGGGGGCCGCGGCUGGUGCUGGCGCUGCUGCCGGCGGCGGGGCAGAUCGCACUGCUGCAGCUCAGCGCCCGCCUGCACCAGGAGCGGCUGGAAGCGGCGCUGGAGGCGGCCGAGCAGGCCUGCCGCGCCCUCCACGCCGUGCUGGACCGGGUGGUGCGGGAGCGGCUGCGGGAGGUCACCGCGCUGCUGGGGGACUGA